UUCAUCCGGAGUCGGAAGAGUCGAGUUCCCUUUUGCAGACAGCGGUUUCGGUGCUGCAGAGCUCCUACUUGGACUCUACAUCUCAGGACGGUUUUCAGUACAGCCAAGCAAUUCUGGUGGAAAAUGAUGUUUUUCUAAGUGAGCUCAAAGCUUUUGCCCAAGCAAAGGAAGCCGCUGGGUACAGCCAGGAGGAGCUGGAGGAGACCUUUGCAUUUCUCCUGUUUGAUAAUGAAGAAGAGGCAAAAGAGGUGUGUCAGACAGGCCUCCGAGUAAACAGCAGUUCUAUUUCCACCCUUGGUGACCCAGCAAAAGGAGUUUAUAUUUCCAAGUAUGCAGACUGUCUUCAUCCAAGACCCUGGUAUCAUGGAAAAUCAGGCUAUAUUGUCAUUUGUAAGCUAAUUAAGGGGAAGGUCAAGGUGGUAUCUGAGAAUUACACAACCAGCUAUACCCACCCAUCUCCUGGCUAUGACUGCCACGUCGCCAUGAGCAGAAACAACAUACCAUCAAAGACCAGCCACUGCCAGGCCUUCGAGCAGAGCCAGUAUUACGUCUAUGAAGUGUCCGAUGGCAGUGCUGCCGAGCGGCCCAGGCAGAUCUGCCCGUACAUAGUCAUCGCCUGCCAGUACAGGGAGCUGAAGGAAAUGCCCAUCUUAGCUAUAGAGAGCCUACCUGAGCUUAAUCACAAAGCAUUGUACUGUCCAUGGAGGGGGCAGCUCUCCAUCCGGGGCCAGCUUUUGUGCAACAUCGCCCUGAGGACCCCGUACAGCUCCACGAUUCCAGCCCAGCUGCCUCCCAACCUGGACAUUAACCAUGUCAUGGGUUUGUCCGACUUGAAGAAAAAGCUACCAGAAGCUGCAUUUGGAAAAAGAAAUUACAUUGAGAAUGAAGUCUGCUUUCAGGGUGUUUACUUCAGUCUAUAUGAAGUAGAAAUAUCAAAUAAGGAUCAACAUAAAAUGGAUCAUUUAGUAGAAAAUCUAAAGGAAAAGGACUUGGCAAUCAUCAAAUAUUUACAAGAUCAAGGAGUCCUUAUCCUCCUCACGUCCUCGGCCUUGGCACGAGAUGAUGGAUUUGACCCCAAGGAGCCCGUCAGCCUCCUGGCCCUGUUUCUGUUCACCUCAUCUCGGUCGGUGUGCCUGAGAGCCGAGGAUGAAUGUACUGAUCCCUUCAAAAAAUGCUCAGAGCAGUCCUUCUCCCAGCUGCGGCGUUAUCUCUCCGAUCCCAACAGCUAUACUCUGGAAAUAUCGGCUGCCUUAGGAUGUUUGACAGCCAAUUUGCAGUUUCCACACAGAAGGAAAAGAGGUGCGGAGGUCCUGUCUGCAGAAUUUGUGCACAAAACACAGUCUGAACCCGUUCAGAAGGAAACCUCAGCUCCUGACGAUCCUGGCUUGGAAACAAAGAGACCAAAGACACUGAAGAACCCAGACGUGAAAAAGGUUCCUGUUGCUGAGACCGUUGCAAAGCCAAUGAAAAGCAAGAUGUUAAAAAGUGUGGCUAACAACCCACCGAAACCUCAAGCCAAAAAGCAAGCAGAAAGCGAGUGGAAGGAGCCAUUCUCUGUCCUCCCGGGCGAAGUUUCUUCCCAGUGCCACGGAGCGGAUAGCCAAACGAGUGAGAUUCACCCAGGCGGGGUUGCUGAUCUUGACUUCAAUCUGAAGGGGAAUGACUACGAGUCCCAUGCCCUGAAUCUGCUGGCUGAUCUGGCUCUGGGUUCUUGUAUUCCUUCGUUUAUCCCCAGGGACAGUGGGAUGAGUGCUGUGUCCUGCAGCCCCUCCAGCGACUCUGCAAAGGAGCAGCAGAGUCAUCGCCAGCACAAAUCCUUGCGUGUUGCUUCCGACCACGAAUACCACAGGGUAGACAAGCUUACAAAGGGAGCCACCUCUCCUAGCAAAGCAUUGCCGAACCAGAAGCUUCCUCCUGAAAAAGUAGAAUUAAAUGACUUGGCCUCUAUUCCCAGGGAGAAAAGCCCUGGGAUUUUCAGCAAGAAGAACAGCACGAGCCCCAGCCCUGCAAAACCCCACGCGUUACCUCCAGGAGAGACUCAAGAAGCUGCUGAGGUGAACAAGCACUCCUUCAUCUCUGCAGAGCACUCGUACGCCUCGCAGAUGCCUGAGCACUCAAAGAAACACACGUAUCCCAGAGGUGCCCCUUACCCUGGCCCAGCACCCUCCAGAAAUGGGACCAGGAACGCCCGAGCAGGACCUCUGGUUGGGAAAGUCCUGCCUUUCUGCCACCAGCAGAACAGCACCCACUCGCAGCGGCCCUUCGAGGCCGUGGCGAUGAGGCGCAGGAGCAGCCUGCUCUCCCCCAGGCUGAAGGAGGACUUCGCCAAGUCCCACACAGUGAACAUCUGUGGUGAGUCCAUGAAGGUGACGUGCCGUUGGGAGGCAGAGUAUCUCUUCAAUUUGGACAGCAGGUACACCAACGAUGCCCUGGAGAAAACGAUCAUCCGCGCCCUGCACGGGCCCUGGGACCCUGAUCUGCCCGAUGACGUGGAAGAGAUGAAGCUGAUACUUCAUAUGUGGGUGGCUCUCUUCUACAGCAAACCCAGCAAACUCCUGAGCAGCACGAGGAAGGUCGUGGAGCACAGCAACCCUGAAAAGUAUGUCUCAAUAAACAGCACUGGGGACUUUCUUGAGCUGAGUGAUGACGGUGAGGACUGUUUUGGAUUGGAGACUUGCCCGGCAGACUCUCGGUCAGACCCUGACCAGACUCCCAGCAGCUCUCUGGAUUGCAGCACCCGUUACCAGGGACCUUUGCGCCCAGAGGAAAGCCCUGCAGACUCUCAGACUGAUGCUGAUGGGACUCCUGGUGUUGUCGAUAGUACGGUAUCAUCUUCUUCAGGGGAGCUGCCCUGUGGAGAGGAGGAACCUUCCUCCACAAGCUGUCCCGAGAGCCUUUCCCUUACUGAACGUGCUGACAAGACCCUGGCUGUGAAAGACGGGCAGCCGGCAGUCGUUCCUGAGGAACGUGUGCAUGACAUCUCCACCAUCGCUGCGGAGGAGCCGCCCAAGGAGGGUCUGCCGGAUGCUACGAUUGCCCCCAGCCCUUUUGAUGAGCUCAACGAUGCCAGCAAGCCCUCAGCUGCACUGAGCAGGGAAUACCCAUGCAGCCGAGCCCCAAAUUCCAGUACGGUUCCCUGGAGAGAUGCCCUGUGCAUGCUGCGUGGACAUGGAGAGCAGCAGGAGAGCGGCUCGGUCUGCCUGACAUCUCUCGAUGGAGCAACAGAUCCUGGCACUGCUCCAGAGGACCAGGAGGCCAUGGCAAGCAUCUGUUCUCCAUCUCAGAACAACCUGGGAGGGAGCAGCUGCCUUUCCCAAAGGUGUGGAGGUGACGUUUGUGCUGACCUCACUUCACUGAGCACUGGAGAAUCAAACCAAGAAGGGAACAAGGUUUUUGUGAACGAACAGCAGAGCAGCCCUUCUGCCAACCCCACAGAUACGCUGGAUGAGUCCUCGGGAGCAGGUGAUGGCCAGGACUUCACCUUCGACCGUACAGCCUCAGCAGGCAAUUCUGAAGCUGGGGAGAAGGAUGAUGUGCACCCCGGUGCGGAGAAGUCCCCCAGGAGCGACAAAACGAACAUGGUGAUGGUGGCUAACGCACCGCAGGAACCAGAGACCUCUCUUCAUCACCUCCUGGAAUCAGAGCCCCCCUCCUUGGUGAGAGAAGAGAUGUCUGCCAUUAAGGAGCACCCCAGGCAGCAGCAGAGCUCCCCAAAUGACCUGUCCCCACCUGCCCACAGAGGCUCAGCUCCUGCUUCUCCCCCCCAGCAGGACCCUCUCCCCCACAGCGGAGACGCAGACCCCCACCACCACUUGUUAGAGCGAAGCGAGCUGGGGCCGGUCCUGUGCCAGCACGGGAAGUCCUGCGAGCGAGUAGGUGCUGCAGAGGUGAGUGUGACAGCCAAGAGCCCGGACAGAUCCUUAAAGCCCAGAUGUGCAGAAGAGGUGACAAAAGACGCGGGUCUGUGCUAUGUAGAGCUGGCAGAGAGCUCCCCCGUGGAUGUGCUUGUGCCAGGUGACCCAGGAUCGAUGCCUCCUCCUCCACAUGGUCACAAGGCAGGUCCGCACAGUGCUGAGCUGGACUCAGUCCUCGGUGUGCACCCCAAGACGCUCUCUCCUGGCACGAGUCUGGCUCCAGAUGGGGCUCCAUGGUCCUGCUGCGUGGGCACCUGCCCCAGGUGUGCCAGCCCUUGGGGCCAAGCAGCGGAUGCGGUAGGGAGCCACGAGGAGGAACCCAUCCUGCCUGAGGAUUUGGAAGGAGGAAGCGGCGUCCCUCUUGCCAGUCCUGCAUCUUUUUCAGCAGAGGAGUUGCUCGUGCCACUGUGUGAGCCCCCCUCUCCGUGCUACCAGGACGAGCGCGAGGCUGAGGGAUCCGAUGCGUUUGCUGAUCUGCACCGUGCCAGCACGGAGGUGGGAGAGGCAGAAAUCCCCCCUCUCCCCUUCCCGAUGUUGCCAUUACACAUGCACAGGAGGCUGUCUGGAGAAAGCUUGGAGCUUAGUGACGCGGAGGAUAUUUCGGACGUGCUCCUGAGGGCAAAGCAGCUCCCCAGCAAAGACAGACACAUGGGCUUGACCUUUGAAGAUCUGUUUGAGACUUUCUCCGGCAACUUGGAGCAGGAGUAUUUUGGGAGGAUUUCACAGUCCGUGCUUAGAGCCAGGGGUUCCUACAGCACGAGAUCCGUGGAUGCCGCAGGCACAAGGACUAACUGCGAUGACUCCUCUGUGAGCUCCGUGCACAUGAAGGGGCCCAGCGAGGACUGGGGCUUGCUGGGCACGGAGCGGGGCUGCCCACGGGCCGAGCGCGGCUGGCCGAUGGGCCCCAGGGAAACCAACAGCGGGCACGUUCCACCGUAUGUCAAUAUUAGGGACAGCCAGGGGAUCACCAAGGACUACCCGAACUUCGUGGUCACCAAAAAGUGCCAGGAGAGGAUGGGAAAUUUGCAGCAUUCGAAGAGGCGCAGCCACUGUGCGGGGCAGUCUCAUUUGUUAAGGUCACUGAUGGGGACUUGGAGGGGUUUUGAGGAAAUCACCCAGCACACUUUGGACAUGGAGUGUCUCCGUUUCCAUUAUAAGCUAAAACAAAUCCUAAGGAGUGGGAAACCACCCUUUUCUACCUCCAAAAGCAUCUUUCCAAAAGACUUUUCUCCCCAGGUGAUGUCUGAGACAUUGCCUGGGCGAGAAGCUCCCAUCCCGUUCUCUCUGCGGAGCAGGAGCCCUUUGCAGGUGACGAUCCUGCCCUCACACACGUGGCCGAGUGGGCUUGGCUGGCACCAGCAAAGCAGCUGGCAUGGGGACCUAUGUACCUCGUGGCAGGACACCCUCUGUGACAAGAGGAGCAGGGCCAGAUCCCGAACCAUCAGCCAGGACCGCGUGGCUCCCUUCCACCUCGGCAAGCUCAAAUACAGUAAUAAGCUAAAGGACUCGGGGGGGGACAUCGCCGACAUCCUCGACGAGUACGCAGAGUUCAACAGGGUGAUGCUGAGCAGGGCUGACGCGGGGAGCGAGGGCAGAGGGCCAGUCCCGGCUCACCGGGAGGCCGCCAGCGAGUGGCCACGUGCAUCCCUCACCAGGAGGAUGGCUGCCUUCGAGGAGACGAUCACGGACCUGUGCAGUGCUCUGCAUUUCCGCUUGCACAGCGUGGCCGAGGAGGCCUGUGGCCGUGCCGGCAUGUUCUACCUGGUGGAGACGGGCAAGGACCCUUUCUUUGCAAGAGUGAAGACCUUGCUGAAGAAAGAUGGACACGUGGAGAUGGAACCUCUGAGCUUCUGCGAAGUGAAACACCUGGACGCUGACAGGCUGCUCGUCGUCAUCAGGAACGAGGACAUUUCCUCGCACAUCCACAACGUCCCGUGCUUGCUGAAACUAAAGCAGUGUCCGAACGUGGUGUUCGCCGGAGUGGACAGCCCCGAAGAUAUAACAGGUCACACGUACCAGGAGCUGUUUCAUACCGGUGGCUUCGUGGUGUCAGACGAUGAGGUGUUGGAAACGGUAACGCUGGGCCAACUGAAAGAGGUGGUGAAGGUGCUGGAGAAGCUGAACAGAAGCGGGAGGUGGAAGUGGCUCCUUCACUACAAGGAAAGCAAGAAGCUUAGAGAAGACAUCAGGGUGGAUGCCAACGCCCGCAAGAAGCACUUAAUCCUCAAAUCGUGCCAAGGAGCCGAUCUCAUCGAGGUGCUGCACUACCACGCCUGCGACUCCAGGUCUUCCCCCAGAGCGGAGCACAUCAAGUGCUUGCUGGGCCUGCAGGUUCAGCACGUCAGCGCCAGGUUCGCCGUGUAUCUCACGGAAAAGCCCAGCAUCAGCAGGGAGGUCCUUGAAAGCAAAGGAAUCCUCGUGGCCGAUGUCAACGCUUUCCUUGGGACAGUGGAGAAAGCGGCUGCCCCGUUCAGAAGAAGCUACUGGUAA